CCUUUCGUGCAAUCGGCCCCAGAGUCCCACAUACUAUGACAUGUCGACGUGCUUGUUAAACAUUUCUUUGGUUCAAUCAAGGAGCUACCAGCACUCUUUGGUUCAAUACUGCCAAAUUAUGUUUGUGUGACUGUGAAGCGGUUUGCCAUAAACUUUCUCCCCACAAUGGUAUAUUUAUGUGAAGCAGCGGGAUGCAAUUCCCAUACUUCCAAGCGGCAAAAUUUGGAGAAGUAUCCGUGGAUGCGAGACGUGAGAUGGGUGAAGUUCCCGCGAGAUGAGGAGGCUCGUAGGAGGUGGAAGCGUCUGAUCAGGCGAGAUGGGCCAUGCAAGUAUGGUGCCAAAAUCGUCAAAAACUUGGUUAUGAGCAGGAGGGUUAGGCUGUGCUCAAGACACUUUGAUGAAAUCGAUGUAGACAAGUCUGGUUAUUCAUCAGCAGAUCCAAAAUAUUUUGCUUGGAACAAUUGGGGUUGUUGGGAGAUUGCAGCAAAGACAUCCCACUCUGGUGGAGUCACCGGAACUUCCUCAGGCACGGCCUCACGUUAUGAGUUUGAUCAACAUGAUCAUGAUCAACUUACUGUAUUGGGUAUUGAGGACGUUGAUUCAACUGCACCUAAUAUUGUCAGACAUAUGAUGCCUAUGCAGGCAGUGGAGUUUCCAGAGAAUAACGGUGGAGCUCAUCACCAUAUUAUUGAUGAUCAUAUUCAUAAUGAAGCAGAAGUUAAAAGGGAAGGUGAAAGAAAAGUGUCUCGAAGUCUAGUACCAGAAAAUUGUGUUUAUAAAAUAAUAGAGGAAGAGAUGACCAGAGAAACAGACCUUUCUCUUCAACAUACCUCAUCAGAACAGCUACAGGAUCAAGUAAAUGGUAAUGAUGGGAUACCAUUGGGAGAUCAUAAUGAACCAAACUCAGAGGUUCCUCAAUCUGUUUAUGUCAUCUCUAGUGGAGGAACUUCAGUUGAAAGUUUAUCUUCAGCUCCUGAACCUACAGUUAAUGUAGCCCAAUCUUCGUGGCCUGUUACAGCAACACAAACAACUCCAGCAACAAUACGUGUGACACCACCAAGCAUAGCACCCCACAACCCACUGCCUUCAUUGCCCCAGCAGACUAUGUAUAGACCACGAGCAACACCUUCAUUCACAACACCGCGAGCUUCUUUCCCCCGAGCACCUCCAUACACACCUCUCCCUGCUUCAUCCAACCUGCACUCAACGCAUCCACUCAAGAAGAUGCACCUCAUGGAGCCAUCCGGGAGAAAAAGAUCAAGCGGCGAUCCUUACGAGAAGUAUCUCCAAGCUGAGAUAAAAAAGUCAAAUGCCGAAGUUGAGAAACUCAAAGCUGAGAAGGAAAUGUUUCAAGAAAUAAGAAGAAAAACAGUAGAAGAGACAAGCCUCAUCACUAUGAAGAAGGAAUUAAUUCACCUUCAGAUUCAGAAGAUGAGAGCAGAUAUGGAGGAAAGGGAACAGCUUGAUAAUCUGAACUCCUUAGGAUUUGAAGAAUCAAACGCAAGUCCCUAAUAUUUCAUUGGUUGCAAAUGAAGUUGCAAUUAAAAGUGAGGAGUGCACCCAGAUAGGAAAUGAGAUCAUUCCAUUUUAUGCUUAAGUAGGGACAGUUAUUUCCCUUUCAAACAAAUGUCUUUUCCAUUUAUGAAAACCUGUUUAAUUCAUUUCAAACUUCAUCUAAAAUGGAAAUGGAAAUUCUGCUUUGUUGAUACACAGCAAAAACAUUAAUUCUUGUCUAACAACGGUAAAAUAAAUUAAUUUUCACAUGAAAAAUAAAGAACUAAAUUAGAUUUUCUGUUUUGAUUUACCAGAUGGAUGUGCCUUCAUAAGUUGACCUCUCCCUGACAUUUUGCAUGUGUAAAGAUUAGUAAAAUGUAGUUGCAGUAAAUACUGAUUUCAUGAGAAAACAGAGAAAGUCUGUUAAGCCAAGGUUAAUUUCACUCUCAUAGUAGAUGUAGAAUUUGGUACAGCUACAAAAACAAAAUUUUGUGAAAUCCGUAAAGAGAUUCAUCUGAUUGGUAGAACUCAAAUAGAACAAACUUUUAUCUUUCCACAAUAAAUUUUGUUUUUACCUUAUGAGCCAUUCUCCAUUCUCAUGCCGAUACUACUCCAUCUACGUCAAGUCAGCGCCAGUCUGAAGAAGCCUGCAGAACCAGUAGGCAAAAGCUCACAAGGUAAAUACAAAAUUUAUUGUGGAAAGAUGAAAAUUUGUUCUAAAACUUUGUGAAAUACUGGAAUCUACACUGAAAAAUGAUCACAAUGAAGAUUGUCAACACAGAGGAAGCAUGUGCAGGACAGUGUAUUAUUAUGUUGCUUGGGAAAAGACCUGACUUUUCACUAAUACUGUACCAUGCUUAUUAUUUUACUAAUUUCUUGGCAAUGACACAAUUUUUUCCAAAAUCCUAUAUUUUUAAUUAAUAAACUCAAGACACUUGGGAGGUCAUUUUAUUGGUUUGGUCAACAAGAAUGAAGAUGAUCGGAUAAAGCAAUUAUUUGUUGUUCCUGAUUUUAUUAUUCACAAAAAUCUUCAAGGGAUUUUGAUUCUUGAAAUUAUUUUACUUAAAAAAAACAUUUUUAGUUUUUUUUUAUUGCUUGUUUUAUAAUAACAUCUCAAAUAAGUGCAAUAGAGGUUGGAAUGAAAAUAUAAUUUUUUUCUGGGCCGUUAUUCAAUUUGAUACUCAAACCCGAAUUUAAAGUAUUAAAGUCAUUAUUCUGCUAAAAUGAAGUAAUGACAUGUAUUUAUGUUAAGUAAUUUAUAAGGCACCAUAUCCAUCUUUUUAGAGAUGUUCAAGGUGCACAGUGGGGGAGACAAAAUAGCAAAGGAAUAUAGAAAUAUACUCAAAUCAUUGAUAAAAAGUAUUAUAAAGGUAACUUUAAGUUCUUAGUUUCAUCUUAUUAACAUCAUAUUUUACCCAGGGUAGCCACUUCAGUUCCUGAAAGUCUUCUAGCAGCUGGCCCUUAACAUGAUAAUGUCAUUACCCUGGCUUUAGCACGGCUAGUAGGCUACCUUGAUCGUGCGCUCAAGCAUUUGAGGAAUUUCUUCCUUCCGUGUACCCAUUCACCUGGGUUGAGUGCAGCACAAUGUGGGUAAAUUUCUUUCUGAAAAAAACCAUGCCAUGGCAUGGAAUCUAACUCACAUCCCUCAGAUUGAAAAAUGAGAGUCGUAAGAUUAGACUAUGAUGUCCUCACAAUUGCCAAUAUUUGACUGAGUAAUUGAUUUAAAUGUAAGUCGGCCCCCUACCUGACUUAGUAUAGGUUACGUGCAGUUAUACUAUUGAACAUACACAUAAUCCCAUAUGCUGUGCAUAGAUGGAUACAUUAUUUGGCUUAGACUUCAUGACGUCAUAAUGGUUAGUAUUACUAGUAUGCUGAAUGUGGCGUGAUAAACUAGAAUAUUUAAAGGCAAGCUUAGUCAAGUGAAAUGCUAAGUUAAUACUUACAAAAUGUUCAAUUGAAUACCGGCACUGUACUGGGUCCCAUUGCUGAAAAGUGCAACUUGUUUUUCAGCUAAUCAGAUGCCUGCAUUUGGGACUUGCAUUUAUAUACACACACCUCUGUGCAAUGAGCCUCAAAUGAGUUUUAUAUGUGCCUGUUACUCGGAGACAUUGUCCUAUUUUAUGACUUAAAGAUAUUUUUAUUGCUGGUAUUUUUAUCAAUUAAAAAACCAUUAGCAGAUUGUACUGCUUGAUAUUCUAAAUAUCAUUACAUAGAUUUGUUUUUCCUAAUAUGAAAAUUGCAUAUACUGUAUAUGAAGAUGUCAUGAAGUCUGAAAGUGAAAAUGGGUUUUUGCAUCUGAUCAUUUGUUACAUUGUUCUGAAGGUCUUUUAAUCUGAAAAAAAAAAUUGAUUUGAUAUUCUGAAGGCUUGCUAAUUAAAUAUUGGGUUUGAUAUUCUGAAGUUUCAUUACUCUGAUAAUGUCAUAUCCAGUUUAUCAAUACCAACAACUAGAUUCAUUUCAAAUUUUCUGUUGCAGAGAGUGUCGGCCCGAUCACAACAAAUAAUGAAAAUGCAGUUCUUGUAUAGCGCAUAUCACAUGAUUAAAAAGUGUCUAUGUGCUUCCAAAGGACUUUGAAAUUAUUUCCCCAACCAUGGCUUGUUUUCCUUUAGCAAGAAAUUUACCCACAUUGUGCUACACUCAAACCCGGGUGAGGUGAAUGGGUACCUGGCCCAUAGGAAGAAAUUCCUUGAAUGCUUGUGCACCUAUAUGGGCAGCGCAGCUAAAGCUGGGGAUAAUACAAGCAGCACCUGUAUUCUCGGGCAAAAAGCUCUUUAUAAAUCCAGCUAUUAUUAUUAACUUGGAUGUUGUAAUUAGUUACAGCACACAUGCAUUUCAGGAAAUCCUACCAGGUACCCAUUUACCUCACCUGGGUUGAGUGCAGCACAAACACUUUCUUUCAAGGAAGAGUUCACUCAGAUGAUAAGUUUGCUUUUAUUAUCAAAGCAGAAAAUUUUAAUGAAAAUCCUUAAAAGAAUGAGAGAGCUUAUUAUUUGUUUUGUUUAAGUUUUGACUUUGUGACAUAUGCAAAGAGCUGCUUCAUGUUAUAUAAAUGAAUUAUUUUCUGAUAGAAGCAUGUAUGAAAUGAUGUGUCUACUGUAAACAUGGAUUUUGUAUCUCAUGACAUUUGGGUAAGUGCCCACAAUUGACAUAAUAAAGCAUCAGGAGUGUGCCAUUGAAGUAUUUUAGUCAACAAGUCUUUGCCAUUAUGAUUAAAUUUGAAAUUGUUCUAUUUUAAUGAAGGAUAAAUGUACAAUACAUAGGCCUAUGAAGUGGAGGCUACCUAUGAGUAUUAUUGACUAUGUGUAUGAAAUGUUCUUUGAAAUGAAAUGACAUUUUUUAUCAUUGUUUACUAAUUUCAACCCAUAAUUUAUUUCAGUAUACAAUCAAUGAAUCAAUAUACAACUUUGUGCUACAUGUAGAUAUGACCCAUUAUUUUUUCAAGUUAGAUUCGCAAUAUGUCGUGCCACCAAAAUUGUGCAUACAGAAAAAUGAAUGACUUUUAUAAUGAAAACAAAUU